AUGUCAUUCGCGAAUAAAAUAAUCAUUUCGAUUCACCGAGUGGUCGAACCAGUUAAAAAAUUAUUGCAACGAUCAUCAGGUAUGAGUCGAGAAAAAGUAAGUGCUUCACAAGCGUUGGAGUGGUGCCAGAACUUUCUAAGUGGCGCUUGGACAACAAUUACAGUAGAACAAAUGCGAAUGGAUCGAAUUACUGGUGGCUUAUCAAAUUAUUUAUACUGCUGUUCUUUACCAGAAAAUGUCGAAACACAAAACAACGAACCACGAAAAGUAUUAUUGAGAAUCUACGGCGAAUCACAUCGACAACAUCGUGGGACAUUACUCAUUGACAGCGUAGUCUGUACGUUGUUGUCUGAAAGAAAAAUAGGUCCACGUGUGCACGGUAUAUUUCCUGAAGGACGUCUCGAAGAAUUUGUUGAUGCUGAGUCGUUACUUGCUAGUGAGCUUAGCGAUGAACCCAUCUCACGAAAACUCGCUGGUCUCCUCAGUGAAAUUCAUCGACUGGAAAUGCCGUUGGUCAAAGAACCAUCAUGGUUAUAUCGAACAAUCGAACGGUACCUUGUCGAUCUACCUACGAACAUCAAUCGAUUUGAGCGUGAGCAAGAUCGUGCAAUCUUUAAAGAAUUUCAGGCAGUAUGUAAUUUUAAGGAAGAAUAUGACAAUAUGAGGAGCUUACUAUCUACGAUUGAUAGUCCCGUUUGUUUUUCUCACAAUGAUUUUCAACCGGGAAAUAUUCUUCGUUUAAAAUCAGAACCAGACAAUUAUACUGUCAUUGAUUUCGAGUAUUGCUCUUAUAACUACCGUGGUUUUGAUAUUGGAAAUCACUUUUGUGAGUUCAUGUUUGACUACAAAUCCGCAACGGAAUGGCCUUUUUACAAAGUUGAUUUUACACUUUAUCCAAACGAAAUUCAACAAACAAAUUUCAUUUCGUCGUACAUCGAUUCACUCAAGACCGAUUCGGAUCGAGCAACUUUAAUAAGACAAGUAAUGAAAGAGGCAAACUAUUAUGCUCUCGCGUCACAUUUCAUGUGGACACUCUGGGCUAUCAAUAUGGCCGUAUCAACAUCGAUCAAAUUCGGUUAUAUGGAAUAUGCUCGUAGUCGUUUUACAGCUUAUUGUGUUCAGCGUGAUAUGCUAGCAGAUGCAUAUAAUAACAAUGAAGGCCGAAUGCCACCAAAAUUCGAUGAAGAGCUGCUCUGUUCGACCAAGAAUCCUUUUUAUCAAACUUAUAGCAAAAACUGA